CUGACUCUUAUUAUAGGGUUAGCUGUCUUUGCCACUGUUAAUUACCAAGCCAUGAAUAAGGCUCGACCUCGAUAUAUAGUUGACAGGCCCUCGUACUCCGUUGAACUUUUCAAUGAGGAAUAUGAAAAGAAAGAUCACAGUUAUCCUCUUGGUGGGAAAGUCCGGAAGCUAUUCAGUUGUACCCCAGCCAAACUCAAACUUUUCAUAUUUGGUCUCUUCCCUAUACUCACCUGGUUGCCCAAAUAUAACAUAAAGCAAUAUGCCCUUCUAGAUCUUCUUGGCGGCAUCAGUGGUGGCUCCAUCCAGGUGCCACAAGGUAUGGCUUUUGCUCUUCUUGCUAACCUUCCACCUGUGAAUGGCUUGUACUCUUCCUUCUUUCCCCUCGUGGUGUACUUCUUCCUGGGAGGAAUUCCACAGAUGGUACCAGGCACUUUUGCUGUCAUUAGUAUCAUAGUGGGACAUGUAUGUCUGGAGCUGGCUCCUGAGUCUGAGUUUCAGAAAUUUAACGAGACAAUGAAUGCUACAGUCACAGACACUGAAGCAAUGUAUGCUACAAGGCUGCAGAUCUCAGCCACAUUGGCAUGUCUGACGGCAAUCAUACAGAUUGCCCUGAGCUUUGUGCAGUUUGGCUUUGUUGCCAUAUAUCUUUCUGAAUCGUUUGUCAGAGGUUUUAUGUCAGCUGCGGGCUUGCAGAUUCUCAUCUCUGUGCUCAAGUAUAUUUUUGGCGUCACAAUCCCAUCAUACACUGGUGUUCUGGCUAUUAUUUAUACCUUCAUAGACAUUUGUAAGGAACUUCCACAAACUAAUAUUGCAUCUCUCGUCUUUGCUCUGGUCAGCUUAGCGGUACUCAUCAUUGUAAAGGAACUGAACUUAAAAUUCAUGCACAAGAUACGCUUUCCCUUCCCCAUGGAGAUGGUUGUUGUCAUAGUCUCUACAGCCAUUUCUGGGGGUUUGAAUCUUCCAGAAAAGUACAACAUGAAUGUAGUUGGCCAUAUCCCAUUAGGAUUUCCUUCCCCCACGUUGCCUACUGUAAGUCUAUGGAGUCAGAUGGUUGGCACGGCCUUCUCUAUUGCUAUCGUUGGCUAUGUGAUUAACCUGGCCAUAGGCAGGACUUUAGGAGCUAGACAUGGCUUUGAUGUUGAUGCAAACCAGGAAAUGUUGGCCCUUGGUGGUGGUAAUUUCUUUGGUUCAUUUUUCUUUAUCCAUGUGAUUUCCUGUGCGCUUUCUGUAACUUUGGCAGUGGAUGGAGCAGGAGGAAAGUCACAGAUGGCCAGUUUCAUUGUUAUGAUGGUGGUUAUGAUAACUAUGUUGGCACUUGGAACCUAUUUGAAUGCCCUGCCCAAGGCUGUCCUAGGAGCCUUGAUAGCUGUGAAUCUGAAGACUUCUUUGAAGCAACUUGCUGAUCCUUUUUACCUUUGGAAGAAGAGCAAGCUUGAUUGUAUUGUUUGGAUUGUGAGUUUCCUGUCCACCUUCGUCCUUGGCCUUCCAUAUGGACUUGCUGUCGGUGUAGGAUUUUCCAUCUUGGUUGUCAUCUUUAAUACGCAAUUUCGAAAUGGUUCAGAACUGGGUCAGGUGGUCUUCACAGAUAUCUACAAGAAUCCAAAAGUCUACAGCAAGGUUCAGUCUAUCGAUGGUAUUAAGAUUGUCAACUACUGCUCUCCGCUGUAUUUUGCAAAUUCAGAAAUAUUCAGACAGAAAGUUAUUAAAAAGACUGGACUAGAUCCUGGCAAAGUCUAUCUGGCCAAAAAGAAAUACCUUAAAAAUCAAGAAAAGGAAGAACUGAAAAGACAGGGAUCUGAAUUCAUGAAGAGCAAAACUUUGUCACUGCAAGAGCUGCAAGAGGACUUUGAUGGAACGGCUACCACUGACUCCAACAACAAUAGUACCUUGAAGCGAACAAACAGUACGAUCAGUUACAUAGCAUCCAAUACCCUGACUGUGGGCUCGUCAAUUCCAGUUAUUAUUCCAAAUGGUGUAUAUACCCCAGAACAAACGGAAGACCCCAUCAUCGCAGCUCCUCCGAUUGUUAAUUUCCAUACAGUCAUCAUUGAUAUGAGCGGUGUAUGUUUCGUUGAUCUGAUGGGGAUCAAAGCCUUAGGAAAGUUGGGUGCCAGUUUCCAGAGGAUCGGUGUAAACUUCUAUUUAGCAGAUGUACAAGCUCAAGUGUAUGAGGACAUUGAACUUGGUGGAGUCUUUGGAGAAGGAGGACUCAGUCGGGAUCACCUUUUUCUUACCGUACACGAUGCUGUUUUAUAUGCUUUGGCCAAUAAUACUGGAAUAUAUAAAAUCUCUGGGAAGGAUUUUGGUGACACAGAGAUUCGUGUGCAGGAUAUGCAAGAUGAAAUCAACGAGGAUUAUCCAAAUCUUGAAGAGGCAAUGUUUGGCAGUAUGUUCCAGAGUGAAUUCCAAACAGCAUUGUGAGGGCUGCAUUCAGGAAGUGGUCUCCUGCAGAUUAUCAAAUGCUCUGUUCAUCCAUGUGAGCAGGCUUCAGGGCACAGUCAUUUGGGAUUAGGUCAGUCAAACAUCCUCUCUUCUCUGACUCAUUGGGAUAGUUAUACCUGCAGCUUUUCAGCCAAGAAAGGAACAAAUUGACUCAGGAGACAAGACCAAGAUCAUAUACAGAGACUGUCAGCUGCUUGGACAGUAAAUUCCAGCUGGUACCUCAAUCUUCAUACAGUUGAUUAAAAUACUUUUCAAUGUGCCUAUUAUGGUAAAAGGUUUACUGAGUCUCCCAAGUAUCCCUUUCCAAUGGGAUAACAGAGCCAAACCCCAAAACGGAAUCUCAAUGAUGUUAGUGGCCUUAAAGUCAACUCUGUUCAAUGUAUGACGGACCAUUUAAAGGUUGGACCAACGGUGACUUAGUAAACAAUCAAAAUCAUACAAUGCUGCUUUCUGUAAAUCAAAAGUUAUAAUUGUACAGAUUUAAUAUUUAUGCCAGUAAUACAAAUCAAUCAAUUUAUGAGAAAUUGAGAGCUUUAACACAUUACCUGCUGGAGAAAUUACUAGCAAAUUAUUUUCGACAGAUAUGCAAAAUAUAUGCCAUCAUUUUGUACUGAGCUUUAGAAAUAAAAUGAAUGUCAGUGACCAAGAUGUUUACCCACUUCAGUACCAAACCGCAGCAAAAGUUACACUGUAUGCUGCAAUUAAAACACAAUAUGCUAAAUAUUUCUAAUGUAUAUAUAGAAAGAAAUGAGUUGUGCAAUGUUAUUUAUUUCACCCUGACCUCUGUGUAUGCAUUAAA